AUGGCGAGGCGAAACAGAGUGACGUGCUGGGUUAUACUGAUCCUCCGCUUGGUGGAGCUGUAUGCAACUUCCUGUCCGGAGGUUGCGCAUUGCAUAUGUAUACUUGCUGAAGGAAGUCAGAAUGAUACUUUAAUAGUGGCUAAACUCGACUGCAGUAACAGGCGCCUAACGCAUAUUCCAAAUUUGGAAGAAUUCAAGAACACAAAAAUUGUAAAAUUAAUUCUCUCUAACAAUUCUUUCCAAAGUGUGAGUCUAAAUAAAUCUAUGUUUCGCGGAUUACGGAUAGAAGAGUUAGAUUUGAGUCACAACCGGUUCGCACUGAUCCGAGACGAUGUGUUUAGACCCAUACGUGCAACACUCCGCGUUCUCGUGAUGGACGACAUUAAUCUUAGAUUCAACAAUAUAAACUUUCUGAAGAGGAUGAUGAAACUAGAACGACUUUCCAUGAGACACAACGUCCAGAGCAGUCCCGUGAGGCUGAACGGUGGAAGGUUCCCGACGUCAAAUUUAUUACAUCUUGAUUUAAGCCAUAACAAUUUCACUAAAAUAUCUGAUAAUGCUUUCGCGCACUUACGAGGGACAUUGCAAAUUCUCAACUUAGAAAAUGUUGGACUGGAUUUUAGUCAUUUAAGCUUCUUAAUUAACAUGACAAGAUUGCAUAGUCUUUAUUUGGGCGGUAAUGGUAACUAUCCCUUGCACCUCGAUGGCGAGCCGUUUUUUGGUUUAAAUUUAAGAUCGUUAAAAUAUUUAGGUUUAAAUAAAUGUGAAAUGGCAUUGGCAAAAGAAAACAUAUUUGAGGGCCUUGAAAAUUUGACACAUUUGGAUCUGUCGGGAAACAUGCUUCACGUUAUUCCAUCCGCAAUUUUGAAACUGACAAGUUUGGUUAGUAUAAAUCUUUCACAGAAUACAAAACUUGAUCACAUCCAAGACAGGGCAUUCGUAAUGCUUUCAAAUCUCAGAGAAAUUGAUCUUCGGGGGACAGAUCUUAGAAUAAUUGCAGCUAAAGCAUUUUCCGGACUCGAAGAGACGCUUGAAAGUCUGCUUAUUUCAAAUGCUCGACUCCCGGGGGGUUAUUUUUGGAUCAUGGCAUUACGGCCACUUAGGACGUUGAAAAUUUUGGAUUUUUCUUACAACAAAAUAAGUCAUAUUUCUAACGACACGUUUGGAUCACUACAAUCUUUGCAGGUAUUAGAUAUGAGUGGAAAUCCGUUAGUAGAUUUCACGGAUAAUAUGUUCGAAGGGAUCGAACUUACCCUAAAGAAGCUCAUUAUUCGAGACAUGCGCCUUAGACGUCUCCCAACAGACGCUCUGAUGACUUUAAGACACCUAGACCUACUAGACGCAUCAGACAAUAACUUCGAAACACUUUCUGGUCAUUUCUUCUCGGGGCUAAGAGCAGGAAAACUAGUAAUGAAAAAUUCGCACAUAAUGUCGAUAUCGCCCGGAGCUUUUUAUGGGCUUAAGGGACCUUUGUCAAUUAUUAUGGACGGGAAUAACAUUUCUGAUUUAUCAUUCUUGCACGACGUCAGUCCACACUUAAUCAGUAGUCUGUCCAUUCUGGACAAUCCGCUCAAGUGUGAUUGUACUGUUUUAGGGAUUGUUCACUUCAAAAUAGCUGGAGUGGUCCAUGGGACAUGCGUAACCGACGAUAAUCAGAGGAGGAAUCUGCAGCAAUUAUCGACGGAUGACUGGUUUCUAGAGAUAUGCGGCUACAGCAGUGGGAGUCAGUCUUCGGCCCAUUAUAACUUAGUUUUAUCCAUGCUGUGUGUACUUUUUCUUCUGUCUUACAGCUGAUGGCUAUUACUAUUAUAUAUAUAUAUAUAUACAUAUAUAUUUAUUUACCGUGUGAAUAUUUUUAUGACGGAUUUAUUUACCCCUUUUGCAUAUUUCAUUUCAUUCCACAAAGAUUUUAUUGAAUGAAAUCAAUGGUAUCUCUUAUAUAAGCCCUCCCCCUUUGGGAAGAACAUACCACCUUCAUUAUCAUAAUCUAGUGUAGUCACAUCAUAUAGAUCCAAAGUUUUAAAGUUGUAUUUCACGACCUUAUUUUGUAAUAUAGAUACAUGUACAACAAUAUUUAGUAGCUAUUUCAUUGGCUGAUAACUGACAUAACUACGCUGCUAUUGGCUGACUACAAAUGUCCAAUCAGGAUGAACAUGCAGAUCGCCAAAAAGACUUCUAGAUUUUAUCAACUGAUGUACUUAUUCUUAUCACGGUGAAAAUGCGUGUGUCUUAUAAUAUGAUGGAUGUACUUAUGUUAACAUUGAACUGCAUGCAAGUGGCAUAAGAAGUCAAGAAACAUUUUCAACUUUAUUCAUGAUGACGUCAUAAUAAUGAUAAUAUAAACAAUUGUGAUAUUGCGUGUGUUUAUAGAUGUAGAUGAUGCAUGAUAUGGUAUGGAUAUUAUAAUCGUAGAUUUGAUUGCCUGACAUAGACUGUUUACUCUCCGUUUAGCUUCGCUACGAAAAUAAAAUAUAGAAGUAGCAUUUGAAUUUGAAACUAUUUCAAAUGCGUUUACCAUGCUUAAUGCAUUUUAAACAAUACUGACGCUUCAUCUUACAAGUGUUACCAUUGUAAACGAGAGUAAAUUUCGAGUCUGAGAUCAAAUUAAAUAUUUGAUGAUUGACUAUACCAAUCAGAGCUCGUUUGGUCAAGAUUCCGACCAAGAUGGUGGCCCUGGCCUGUCUAGCUAUUAAUGAGCGCCACCUAACGGAGAGAAAUGGUACUAAGGCAUGUAAUCCAGUCUAACUCUUAACGUUCAAAAGGUAUGAACGUUCACCUUUUAUAUCAUAUUGACAUUAUGCCUUCUAGGAUUUCAUGUUAAAUAUGCAUGCAACCAAAUUGUGUUCAUGGAUGAUUAAAUGUAAAAAAAAAAAAAAAAAGAGUAAAUAGUCGUAAAUAAUUUAUUGAUAUAUAAGUACCUUUUAAUGUAUAUAACACAAAGUAGUACCAACGUCAUUUCCGGUACAGACUAACGCUAGAGGUGAGUCGGGAAACGUUAAAGUACAAUUGAUGUCAUGGUAUUCAUACCCUUAUGAAUACGAUCAAUUCUGAUAUUUUGUAUUACGGUGAAAGAACAUUUGCUCAACAUCAAGUCGUGUUUUUAUCAUUUUACAUAUUAAUAUUUGAUGUCAGUUCCUAGCGGAAUGUUUUGUUAUUCACAUAAUUAUAUCAUAUCUAGAUACAUAUAAAAACGUCAAUAACAGUUAUUUUAAUUUAUCGAACUGGUAUUAAUAGAUUACAAGUAUAACACUAAGCACGACUUAACUACUAAUACAAGCAUGUACUGUCAUCUGUAAGUUCCUAAGUACUUAACAACAAAGAUUCACUAAUUAUCAUUUUUUGUUUUAGUCUAAAUCUUAUUUAUUCAUAGUUAAACAUUUAUUUUCGUCUGAUCACUUCAUAUAAUUCUUUGUCUAUUGAUAGUCAAUACCGAUAUUGUCGAUCUACAAAUUCUCAAAAUAUUUGCAAUAUUAUGUCUUUUUAGAAAUUUUGUUAAUUUGAGAAACUGUGUUCACAGAGUUACAUAAUUUCAAAAGAGAUCAUUCAUAGAGUGAAUUUUUUGGUACAUCCUUAAAAAUAAAAUCAUGAAAAAAAAUCCCUAAAAAAAUCCAUCAAACUUCAUCGGAAUGGGUCAUUUUCAUAAAAGUCAAAAGAGCGUGUAUAAUUUUUAUAGUUGGCAGUGUAUUUGUGAAAAUUUCCUAUGUAAACAUACUUUCGGAAAGUCCGGGAAUUUUUAGUCCCGAACCCAUCUUUUCUUUUUAUAGAGAACAAAACAAAAACAAAAAAAUAGAUGUGAAGCUUACAUAUGCCACUUCAUAAUGAAUAUACCAAUUAGUGUACACAUAUUAUUAUCAUUAUUAUUAUUUUCUGCAUAUCACAAUACAGGAUUCACCUGCUUAACAAAAAAAUCACCCAUGGCAGGCUAUCCUACUGUGGUCUACAAAUGUUAAUUGUUCACUAUACGCUAUCUUUAAUACCACGUGAUGUAAAUUUUGUAUAAAGUUAUGCUAAGACACAAACAAUAUGUAUUCUGAUACACAAUGGCGAAACAAACAAUGAAUACGUAUGUGUAUAAUAAAAAAAUCUUUAAGCAUACUAAGAACUCUACUCCUCUCGAGUUAGAAUUAUAUAAUUUUAAUUUAUAUUUUAUAACACGUGUUAGUUCUAGAUAUCACUCUCGUUAGAUUGAUUAGUGGUUCUGUGUAGCGAUAUCUAUUUUUCUUGGUAAACUAGAGUUUUUGUCGUUUCCUCUUGUAAACAUGUAAACAUGUUUAACAAAAUUAUGUGAAUUGUAUUUGUUUUUCAAUUUCAUAGUUGUUGUGGUAGGACUCAGAAUACACCGCAUUUGUAUUCCGAACGAGGGGAGAUCACUCCCACUAAUUAUCAAAACAAUUUUGUUUAUCUUGGAUACUCAAGUGAUCCGUUCACUUUGUCUCCCUGCUCGAGCGAAUGUGACGUGUCCCAGAUGUACAUUUUAAUAAAGGAGAGAAUCAGAGGGAUUUACAUGACAUUUUAUUUAGAUCCAUUGAGUUUUCCUAAAAUAAAAUGUGACAAGAAUUUCUCGAGGUUCUAGACUCCUAUUUUAUUUCUUUACAUUUUGAAAAUUGUCCUUGAUUUUACGUUACUAACAGAGGUUAUACAUUGUUGUUUGAUAAUGUUCUGGACAGAGAACAGCUGCCUAUUAGCAGAAGUUAUAACAUUAUCGGGCCAGUGAGAGAGAAACAUGAAGAUCGUGAUCCAAUAUUAAGUUAUGAGAAGGGAUAUGAGGUUUUGUGUGCUUUAUAGGACAAUAAAGUUGUACGAAAAGGUUCA